AUGGAAUGCGAAGAAGUUCAAGCCAUAGUUAUUGAUAAUGGUUCUAGUGUGUGUAAAGCUGGUUUUGGUGGUGAUGAUGCUCCUCGUACAGCUUUCCCAUCAAUUGUUGGUCGUCCAAGAUGUACUGGUUUUAUAGUUGAUAUGGAUAAAAAAGAUUCAUAUUUUUGUAAAAAGAAUUCGUGUUUUAUGGGUCAAAAGGAUUUAUAUAUUGGUGAUGAAGCUCAAUCAAAAAGAGGUAUUCUAAAUGUUAAAUAUCCAAUUGAACGUGGUAUUAUUACAAAUUGGAAUGACAUGGAAGAAAUCUGGUAUCAUACUUUUUAUAAUGAACUUCAUGUUGCUCCAGAGGAACAUCCAGUUCUCUUAACUGAACCACCAUUAAAUCCAAAAGCAAAUAGAGAGAAAAUGACUCAAAUCAUGUUUGAAACUUUCAAAACCCCUGCAAUAUAUGUUGCCAAUCAAGGUGUAUUAUCAUUAUAUUCUACUGGUCUUACAACUGGUAUCGUUAUGAAUUCGGGUGAUGGUGUUUCUCAUACUGUGCCAGUUUAUGAAGGUUAUAUUUUACGUCAAGCAAUUUUAAGUUUAGAUUUAGCUGGUCGUGAUCUUACUGAUUACAUGAAUGAAUUAUUAACUGAUCGUGGUUACUACUUUACAACAAAGGGUGAAAAAGAAAUAGUUAGAGGUAUUAAAGAGAAAUUAUCAUAUGUUGCAUUAGACUUUGAAGCUGAAAUGCAAAUUGCCUCCGCAUCGCCUGCAUUAGAGAAAUCAUAUGAAUUACCAGACGGUCAAGUUAUUACAAUUGGUAAUGAACGUUUCCGUUGUCCAGAAGCACUUUUCCGACCAUAUACUGGUAUUCAUGAAACAAUCUAUAAUUCAAUCAUGAAAUGUGAUGAUGAUAUUCGUAAAGAUUUAUUUGGUAGUGUUGUAUUAUCAGGUGGUUCAACUAUGUUUCCAGGUAUUGUAGAUCGUAUGAAUAAAGAAUUAACUGCACUUGCACCAUCAACAAUGAAAAUUAAAAUUAUUGCACCACCAGAACGUAAAUACUCUGUAUGGAUUGGUGGUUCAAUUUUAGCCUCACUUUCAAGUUUCCAACCAAGGUGGAUUUCAAAAGAAGAAUAUGACGAAUCUGGUCCAUCAAUUGUUCACAGAAAAUGUUUCUAA